AGUGCGCUCACUGGGCUGUCAGAGCUGGCUUUCAGGCUGCGGGUGGUCGCGCACCCGGGGGCCGGCGGUUUCUUUUCGCUUCUCUGACUCGGGAGCGCUUCCCCUCCGCCGGGCGGGGACGCGGGGACGCGGCCGCGAGAUGAGCACCAUGUUCGCGGACACGCUGCUCAUCGUGUUCAUCUCGGUGUGCACGGCUCUUCUGGCGGAGGGCAUAACUUGGGUCCUGGUGUAUAGGACGGACAAAUACAAGAGGUUAAAGGCAGAAGUGGAAAAGCAGAGUAAGAAAUUGGAAAAGAAGAAGGAAACAAUAACCGAGUCAGCUGGUAGACAACAAAAGAAGAAAAUAGAGAGGCAAGAAGAGAAACUGAAGAAUAACAACAGAGAUCUAUCAAUGGUUCGAAUGAAAUCCAUGUUUGCAAUUGGCUUUUGUUUUACUGCUCUAAUGGGAAUGUUCAAUUCCAUAUUUGAUGGUAGAGUUGUAGCGAAACUUCCUUUUACUCCCCUUUCCUACAUUCAAGGACUUUCCCAUCGGAACCUGCUGGGGGAUGACACAACAGACUGUUCCUUCAUAUUCCUGUAUAUUCUCUGUACUAUGUCAAUUCGACAGAAUAUCCAGAAAAUUCUGGGCCUUGCCCCCUCGCGAGCUGCCACUAAACAGGCAGGUGGAUUUCUUGGCCCUCCACCUCCUUCUGGGAAGUUUUCUUGAAGUCAAGAAGAAUCCUUUAAUUCCUGUUGCUUAUAGAUGUUCAAGACUGGCAUCUAUUUUACAGCAAGAACCAUAGGCAGCCUUAGCACUUGGGCCACUUUCUAUUUUUGAGUUUUUUCUCAGCUUUUUUGGAUAUCAUUAGAGUGAAAAUGACACCCAAAACAUGAUAAUGCUUUGGUUCACAGAUGAAUUGUCUUAAAUAUGUAGAUUGAUUAGUUAGAUUCAGGUGAUGUUUAUGUAAGACAAACAGCAUCUUUUUUGUUUUGCGUACAUAAAUGUUUUCUGAGGGACCGACUCUCACGGCUGUGUAUGUGUCACAUACGUGGAAGUCGUCUCUCCAGGAAUGAAUAUUUAGAAAUCUAGAAGAAAAACUUAAAUUUCUGUAACUAAACUUAAUUGGAGCUAUUUGUUGUAUUUUUUUAAGCUAAAUAUAUCUCUUGAGAUCAAUAAAACAAAUUUUUAGCUGUUUCAUCCACAAUA